AUUAAUUCAAGCUGCUGCUGCUGCGGGUGGAGUGUGGGUAGGUAGAAAUGAGUUGGGAUUUAACACCGCGUUGCUAAAAGAGGUAUUGGCCCAUUCUGCUGGUAGGAGAUCAGGUCCUUAUCCUUAGCGCGUGCCCAUUACCAGUGCUUAAAAACGGAGGGGGAGCGUUGUAGUUUUUUUAUGCUUUUAUGCGCGUUUAAUCGUGUUUCAGAAUUGCCUCUGUAAAUGGAAGGGGUUCAAAACGGAACGAAGCAUGGAUACAAUUAGUUGCAGUUAGAUGCAAAAUUAGUUAAAAUUAGAGGGGGGUUUUCAGGCCCCCCCCCAGCUAAAUUCUGCGAUCUGCAAUUAGUAUAGGUUGACUUGUUAUCUUGUUGCAUGACCUGCUAUUUUGGCAAAUUAGUGUUUAGGGUGGCAUCUGUUUUAUGCUAUGUCUGUGGUACGCUAUAAAAAGCAUGGCAUUUAUACUUACACUGCAAGGACAUAAUAACUGGCCUUGUAGGCAAGGCUUUUUUUCAGCUGGAACUCACUAGAACUCAGUUCCGGCACCUCUCAGGUGGGCACCAUUGCCAUUUUAAGAGAACAAGGGAGGUAUUAAUGACAAGUUCCAGCACCUCUUUUUCUAGAAAAAAAAAAUAGCACUGCUUGUAGGCAUGUAUUAUUGUUACUUAGGUUGCUUCCAGAUGACCAGUCUUGGGCAUUCAAAAUGAUUUGUUUGCAGGAGGUUUCCACAGUGUCACCUUAUUCCAACUUCCUGUCACUUCCCUUAUUGCAAAGAGUCUGAUUGGGGUGGGGUGGGGAGUAGUGCAAUAGUGCCAGAUUGACAAACACUCAAAUUUUGUAUGUGAUUGAAUCCCACCCCCCAAAACAGAAGCAGUCCAGAAGCACCCUUAACAUACCAUGCAUAUGUCAUAGCUGUCUCUCUGUCAUUUUUAUCUUCAUAAGAACCCUGCAAGGUAGAUUAGGCUGAGAUACAAUCACAGUGAGUUGAAUAGAGAUUUGAACCUGGAUCUCGCAAGUCCUAGCUUGAUAUCCAUUAUACCACACUGACUCUCUUUAUAUCUAUUGCCUGAGACUAACUAGCAACAAAGUAUUUAGUUAUACAGUGGUACCUCCUGUUACAUAUGCUUCAGGUUACAGACUCCGCUAACCCAGAAAUAGUGCUUCAGGUUAAAAACUUUGCUUCAGGAUAAGAACAGAAAUCGGGCUCUGGCGGCACAGCGGCAGCAGGAGGCUCCAUUAGCUAAAGUGGUGCUUCAGGUUAAGCACAGUUUCAGGUUAAGAACGGACCUCCGGAACGAAUUAAGUACUUAACCCGAGGUACCACUGUAUACACUACACAACAACAUCUGGGACCAAGAAAAUGAAUACAAAUGCUGAUUUUUGUGAGUGCUCACAUCCCUAUCUGUGAAAUGGGAACUCGGAUUUCAGGACAAAAAGUUAAUCUUGGAAAAUGUAUUUAGCAUCCGAACACUUGAUUUUGUGUUCUGAGCUUCAGCUUUUCCCUGUGCACAAUUUCUUGGACAAGUUUUAUUUCACUUUUACCACCUUUGAAAUGGCUUUUCGAUUUGCAGCAGAAAACACUGGGACCAAAGGAGUGGUUUCGAACCCAAACUCUGCCUUGUACUCAGCUUCUUGAGCAAUUUACUCUGUCCUUUCUGUUUAGCCAGGCUCCCACUGCCACCAUUUUGUGAUUAACCAGUCAUGGUUCCCCCCCCCCCCAAGAUUCCUGGGAACUGUCUGAGUGGUGUUAGGAGACCCCAUUCCCCUCACAAUUCUCAGAGGCAUUGACUGUUAAACCACUCGGGGAGCUGUAGCUCUGUGAGGGGAAUAGGGGUGUGCUAACAACUCUUAGCUCCCUUAAGAAACUAUACUUCCCAGCACUAUUUGGGAAAAGCCACAACCAUUUAAAGUGGCAUGAUACUGUUUUAAAUGUAUAGCAUAGAUGGAGCUUAUGUGUAAGUAUGCUAAUUCAUCACUUAUCUUGAAAUUGAACAGGCCAGCAGCUGAAUAUGGCAGUUCGGUUCCUUUGUAAGACAGUGGCCAUGGUGGAGAGGCACAGGACUGGUUUCCUGGCAGUUUCCUGUGCUGGACUCUUUGGUGCUAACCUGACUUUUCACAUCUUUCCUGAGGAGACAUUCAGACCAUUGUAUCAGGCUUGGGUCAAGGGGAAACCAAUGGAGCUCUCAGGAAAAUUACAGAUCCUGUUCCGUGACAUCAUCAGCGACGUCAGAGUAAAAUCAGCAAAUCGUUACCAAGCCUUUGUGGCCUACAGCUUCCACCCAGUGAGCGCUGGGCUUCCAUGGUUGCCUGCAGGCUGUGUCGUGGGCAUUCCUGCCCAUUUCAGUGGUGCAGACAGUGAUGAUAACAGGACUGCCAGCCACGUUGUCGUGAUUGAAGGCAAAGAAGUGGACUGGGACAGCACAGAAGGCCUGGCCUUGAAGGAGGCCCUGACCCUUUCUCCGGAGGCUCAGAAGUUUGCCAUUGCAAGAGAGCUCAUGUACUUGCAAAGCAACGGACCCUUCAUAUGUGCUGCCGUUGCCCCCGUUUGUUUAGCUGGGACUUGGAUUUCUGGGGUAGCCAUAAAGCAGCUCCUGGGCUUGUAUUCGGGUCCAGUGCUCUUAAGAGGCCUUUACAACGUUGCUGUAAUGGCGAUUGGAUUUGUGGGCUAUUGUCUCUCGUACGACGCUGUGAGUCAGGCAAUGGAUUACAGGACAGACAGAAAUACAGCCACCAUUUCCACCAGCUUUGCUAGAGGUGGAGUGGAGUUCUAUAAUAAAAUUCUGUCCCAGAACAAGAUUUUCCGCACGCUCAUGGGCAAGCGAGGAGAGCGGAUAUAUGCCCCAAGUGGCAAUCUUUUCCCAAGAUACUGGUUCAGAUUAAAGCACGCAUCAUACACUUCCAGAAGAGACUUGAUUAUCAAUAUUUUAAGCAUGCCCCAGGCAUAGGAGUAGAGGCACUGCUGAAUUUUGAGCUUGUAGAUUAUGUAUUCUCUUUGGAACACUGCAGCCUGGUUUCAUUUUUCAUAGGAUUUCAUUAGCAUUUCCAUUAUUAUUAUUUGGGGGGCGGGGAGAAGAAGGGGCUUGAUUUUAUUUUUCCUCCCUGUCCUGGAUGCACUGGUUGUCUUUAAAAAUUAAAGCUUCGCUUCAAAGGU